AUGGCGUUGCAGGAAGAGAAGGCGGAAGUAGAGGUAAAUCAAGUUAAUAAGUUAAUAUGGAAGUAUGAUAAAACGGGAAUAGACAAGGAGUCUCUCCUUCCGCGUUUCUUUAUCCGCGUCUCCUCAUCCACGUCUUCCCCUCCACGUCUCCUCAUCCACGUUUCCACGUCUCCGUUCCUUCGUCCCCGUUUUCUCAUCCACGUCCCCUCACCCACGUCCCUUCAUCCACGUCCCCUCAUCCACGUCCCUUCAUCCACGUCCCCUCAUCCACGUCCCCUCAUCCACGUCCCCUCAUCCACGUCCCCUCAUCCACGUCCCCUCAUCCACGUCCCCUCAUCACCGUCCCCUCAUCCACGUCCCCUCAUCCCCGUCCCCUCAUCCACGUCCCUUCAUCCACGUCCCCUUCAUCCACGUCCCUCAUCCACCGUCCCUUCAUCCACGUCCCCUCAUCCACGUCCCCUCAUCCCCGUCCCCUCAUCCACGUCCCUUCAUCCACGUCCCCUCAUCCACGUCCCCUCAUCCACGUCCCUCAUCCACGUCCCCUCAUCCACGUCCCAUCAUCCACGUCCCCUCAUCCACGUCCCCUCAUCCACGUCCCCUCAUCCACGUCCCCUCAUCCAGGCCAUCGCACACGCCUCCGCCCCCCCUCUCCCUCUCCCUCCUGCAAUCUCUUCUCGACCCCAUCAGCCUCGCCGAUACCUCGCCAACCUCCCUAUAAAACCCGUCUCCCUGUUCUCUCAGCCACAUGAUCGGCUCACAAUAACUUUCCUUGACCAAGAUCCUCUCGCCUACACAAGUAAGACGGCCAUUUCCGGCCAGAUAAGACCGAGGCUGAAGAUUACGAGUAUCGGUGGGGAAUGCGGGAUGGGCUGCGUGGACUCUGGGGAUUAG